CGAACUAUUGAACCAGAGAUGGGUGAUCUCAUCCUUGGCCCUGUUGUAAAUGCCACUGUGUCUAAGGUGAUUGCUAUUGCUUCCGAUCAGCUCAAUUUAGCACUGGGAUGGAACGAGGACCUGCAAAAGUUUUGUAGUACAAUGAGGAGUCUCCAAGGUUUGUUGCAAGAUGCUGAUGAAAAGAAUGUCAGUGGCAACCUUGCUCUGAAGUCCUGGCUCCAGGAUCUUCGAGCUAUUGCAGAUGAGGCUAAUGAUCUACUGGAGGAGGUCGCUUAUGAAAAUAUGCGGCGUCAGAUGGCAGUUCAGAAAUCAAAGGUCAGGUACUUCUUUACUCAGGCUGACCCCCAGGCCUUGCUAUUUCGCCAGAAAAUGGCUAAUAAAAUUAAGAGUUUGAACAAAAGGCUUGCUGGUAUCAAUCUCUUGGCUAAUCAGUUGGGACUGCAAUACAAACUUGCAAAUGCGGGUCCUGAACCCAGAGCCAGAGUAGGGCUCGAGACCCACUCUUUGCUUCCAUCACCGGUUUUUGGAAGAGAGGAGGAUGUCUCUAAAAUAGUCAGCUUGUUGGUUGACUCAAGUAGUCAGCAUGACCUCUCUGUCAUGACUAUAGUGGGUAUGCCAGGCCUUGGCAAAACCACUUUAGCAAAAGCAGUGCUUGAAAAUGGUAAAAUAUGUGAACAUUUUGGUGAUAAUAAAAUGUGGGUUUGUGUGUCUGAAAAUUUUGAUGUCAAAAAGAUUUUAAUGGAGAUGUUGGAGUCUAUUACCAAAAGUAGUAGUGGCGGUGGGGAUAUUGGAAGCAAAGAUACUGUGCUGAGGAAAAUACAAGAGAAGUUGGGGGAGAAAAGUUAUCUUCUCAUACUAGACGAUGUUUGGAAUGAGGAGAGACAAAUAUGGGAGGAUUUAAGGAAUUGCUUGUUGGGAAUAAGUAAAAAUAAGGGGAGUAGGGUGCUUGUGACAACCCGACUUGAAAAUGUUGCAUCUCUAAUGGCAGUUAGUGGUGAACACAUUUGUCGUCCCAGGCAAUUAAAUGAAGAUGAGUGUUGGACUAUAAUCAAGCAGAGAGCAUUUGGAGACAAUUCAGUACCAGAGGGGUUAGAGGGAAUUGGAAAACAGGUUGCUAAAAGAUGUAAAGGCGUUCCACUAGUUGCAAGUAUUAUAGGGGCUACUUUGCAGAAUAAGAGGGACAAAAAGGAGUGGCAGGCAAUUACAGAGAAUUGUGUAUGGGAUUCACUGGAAAAAGAGAACAGGGUCUUGGAUAUAAUAAAAUUCAGUUAUGAUCGCUUGCCUAAACUGGCUUUGAAGCAAUGCUUUGCAUUUUGUUCCAUUUUUCCUAAGGAUUUUGUCAUGGGAAGGGGGAUGUUAAUUAAACUUUGGAUGGCUCAAGGAUUUCUUGAAUCAUCUGAAGAAAGUUGUAUGGCAGCAGAGGAGAUUGGUGACAAGUAUUUCAAAUAUUUGUUAUCAUAUUCCCUAUUUCAAGAAGAACGGAGGAAUCAUGUAACUGGGAGUGUUAUAUCUUGCAAGAUGCAUGAUUUGAUUCAUGAUUUUGCUCAAUUCAUUUCAAAUUUUGAGACGUUGAUUGUUGAGGAGCAGCCCGGUAGUCAUAUUUCUCAUCAUGUUAGGCAUUUGAAUCUAAUUGGUGGGAGGGAAAUGGUGCCAACAAUUUUAGGAGAUGUUGCUAAAAAGUUGCAGACAUUGUUUUCCAAGUAUGGUUUUUCUAGUGAUGUGCAAGUGGAUCUUAAAAGGUUGCGGGUUCUCAAGCUUGAUGAUGCUUCUGAUGCAAAACAAUUGCCAACAUGCUUUGGCAACUCGAAGAGCUUGAGGUACCUAGACAUUUCAAGAACUCAAAUAGAAGAACUGCCCAAGUUCAUCACCAAGCUAUACAAUUUGCAAACAUUCAGAUUCACGAACUGCAAUUCUCUUAAAAUGCCUCCGGGAGGAAUAGGAGAUUUAAUCAACUUGAGGUAUAUUCAUUUCAGUGAUGAAGAGCGCCUCCAGCCUCACUCAAAUGUAAGAAGAUUAGGUAUUGAAGGCUAUGGAGGUAGAAACUUGGCAUCAUGGAUGUUGAAGAGCAGUAAAGAAUUGUUGUCGCUUAACAAUUUGGUGGCACUGAGCAUUAGCAAUUGCGGGAUGCUAUAUAGAAUUCCAGAGUGUCUACCGAGUGGGCUCUCAUCCUGCAUUGCUUUGGAGGAAUUGGAGAUAUGGAAAUGCUCUAAUUUGGUUUCUAUUCCAGAAGAAUUGAAACAGUUACGGUCUCUUGUUAAGUUGGAUAUUUGUGAAUGUCCAAAAUUGAAGUUUGUUCCAAGUCUAGAAGGACUUGUCUCUCUGAAAAUAGUAGAGGUGCAAGAGUGUGAUGGAUUAGAGUGUCUACCGAGUGAGCUCUCAUCCUGCAUUGCUUUGGAGGAAUUGAAGAUAGGGGAAUGCUCUAAUUUGGUUUCUAUUCCAGAAGAAUUGAAACAGUUACAGUCUCUUGUUAAGUUGGAUAUUUGUGAAUGCCCAAAAUUGAAGUUUGUUCCAAGUCUAGAAGGACUUGUCUCUCUGAAAACAGUAAAGUUGAAAGAUUGUGGUGGAUUAGAGUGUCUUCCGACUGGGCUCUCAUCUUGUACUGCUCUGGAGGAAUUAAAGAUAUGGAAUUGCUGUAAUUUAGUUUCUAUUCCUGAAGAAUUGAAACAGUUACGAUCUCUAGUUAAGUUGGAUAUUUGGGAAUGUCGAAAAUUGAGGAGCUUCCCAGAGGAGAUCUUGAGCUCUCUUGCCAGCUUGAAGACAUUAGGGCUUGGCCUUUUCCCAGAAGAGCUAGAGGAAUUCCCAAAUUUGAGUUCCACUUCCACUCCAGCCUCCCUUGAAGUCUUGCGUUUGGGUGGAUGGGGAAAUGUAACUCUGCCACAUCAAAUUCAACGCCUCAUUACCCUCAGGGAUUUAACUAUCGAAAGCUUCAAUGGAGUGGAAGAAGCAUUAUUGGGAAACCUAUCUUUUCUUAAAACACUUACAAUUAAGGGUUGUACUGGGUUAAGGCGUCUAUCAAGUGGGCUGUUAUCUCUUGAGAGACUCCGUUAUGAAAAUUGCCCUAAUCUGGUCGUUUCAGCAGCGGUGUAGGUUUGAUUCCAGUAUGUUGUCUCUUGUUUUGUUUGUGCAUAAUUGUGCUUUUUCAAAUUAUCACAACCCUCGAUCCGUGAAAAGAGGGAUCCCAAUGUAGCUUUGCAGCAACCAACCAAACAAUUUUGCAUCUUGUAUUCAAGCUUCUGUAAGAACCUGAGGUUUCAGUCUUGAAAAAAGAAUCUGAGGUUGU